AUGAAAUCAAGCAAGGAAGAACGCGCGCUGAAUCCGCCGGUCCUCCGCGGCCUGUUGCGUGAUUUUCACAGCAGCACCAACGUACUCGAGUGGACCGGAGUUGUACAUGUAGGACCCGAGCGUUAUGAUCCUUCGUCGGAGGGCGCUCAAACUUCCGGAUGGUUGCUCACGUACCAGGCGGAACGCCUGCAGAAUGAGACCUAUAUCGAGUGUGGCACGGAGAGGUUUGUGAAGUUUAAGCCUCCCACAAAUCAAGAGCUGGUGCCGCACACCCCUGGUCCUGGAGAUGCAUGCCUAGCUUGCGAGGAGGUUGAGCUAGAGAAGCUGCUAACUUACUUUCCCGGGCGAAAACAUCAUCUCGGCUGGUUCAGAGACGUUGCUGCCUGCCGCAGCUGUAGCCUUUGUCGCCUGCUUUCGAGGGCGCUCACGAAGGAAGUUUCCAGGCACGUCGCCAGUCACCCUCGUCCUCAAGACGACGACUUUGUGGUCGUUACGACGAGGCCUUCAGCAAGGCCACUCCCGUCGCGAAGAAAAGACCGCACGUACGAGCUCGAAGUCCUCUUGAUACGAUCCAGCGGAGUGAUCAUAUCGGAAGUCAGCCUCCGCCUUCAAGGCGACAAUGCAAUCCGUCUCCGAAAAUCACCGCGGUUCUAUGGACGGCAGGUGGAACGGGACGUUGCCAACCUGAGCCUUGCGAAAUUCUGGAUGCAAGAGUGCGCUCAAUGCCACGCCGAUUCCAGACCUUUAAAAGAGAAGCGCGAAGCCGAGCUGCAGCUCACCGUCAUCGAUACCGAGAGAAGCUGUCUCGUCUCAGUCAAUUGGGAUUCCGAUUACGUGGCAUUGAGUUACGUCUGGCCCCUUUUCGACACCACGAAACUGUGCUUGCAUAAUUUUGACCGACUACACCAGCCUGGAUCCAUUGAUUCGUCUCGCAUCAGUUUACCAAAGGUUAUCAUCGACGCCAUGGAUGUUACCCGGGGCAUGGGAAUACGAUACCUGUGGGUCGAUGCCCUGUGUAUAGUCCAAGACGAUCCCAUCACCAAAGGCCGUCUCAUCGAGUCCAUGGAUCAAGUCUACGGCAAGUCUUUUUUCACUAUCAUAGUAGCCUCUGAGUGCGACUCCAGUCAGAACUACGGUAUUCCUGGCAUCAAUGGACUUCCUAGGGCCAACAAGCAACUCUCAGAGCAGGUGGAAGGUCUUGACAUCCUUGUCGCUCUGCCAGACUAUGACCGGGCACUAAAUCGCAGUCGUUGGUCGAAGAGAGGGUGGACAUUUCAAGAAGGCGUACUCUCACCCCGGUGCUUAUUGUUCACGGACUAUCAGAUGUACUUCCGCUGUCCACACGAUUCGCGGUGCGAAGAUGUCCACGCUGAAGGGAAGGACCGAUUCGAGCAGCACACCGCCAAACCCGUCGAGCGCCGUGGCCAGCUCGACUUUCUCGUAAACUCCGACUUCCUCACCAGGGUGUCAUCACAUCGGAGUUUCUCGGAGUACGCCUUGCUGGUAUCUGGGUACAGCUCGAGAAGCUUGACUUUCGACACGGACAUCCUCAACGCCUUUACUGGCGUCAUGCGCCGUCUCGCGCCCCAUAUGGGACCGUGUGGUUUCUUCCUCGGCAUGCCACUGGAUCACUUCGACACGGCGCUGCUGUGGUAUCCCAUCGACCAACAGCAGCGGCGCUUGGAGGCCCAUAACGUGGUGGAAAUGACACGGUUGCCGACAUGGUGUUGGGCGGCGUGGAAAGGCAAAGUGGACUACCAGGGAGACAUGAUGAUGAUCCAAGACAAAGAAACGGUUUUGACAAUGGUGCAAUGGUGGGCGAGAGGGGGAGGAGGGACGGAACUUGGGCGGAACUUGUGUCCCAUCAGAAACUAUACCGGCACUCAGCGCCCGGAGUGGGCGCUCAGCUAUGGAAUGUUGGAAGCAAGGGUCACAGAACUCAGUAUUGGAUCUUUGAUUUUCUGGGGGACUUGUAUCAAGUUCCGAGUUGACCCUCGGCCACGUAAGCUGUUGAACUGGUUGGUCGACUGGCUCCAGGAACUGCCUUGCUUUUCCAUUCUGGACAGCGACGGCGACGUCUGCGGGUUGCUGCCCUCCCCAGAUCGUUCCUGGAUAGAUGAUCUUCAAAGGCAGGGAAACGAUCAACUGUACGAAUUCUUGCUACUGUCGUUCGGCAACCAGUCAAAGCAUGAUGGCAUCGCUGAGCGUUCUAUCUUUCUUCAUGAAAAGUAUAGCAGCGAAGGAGACGCGUAUCGCUGCUUUUACUACGUCAUGCUUGUGGAACAUAUUGGGGACGGCCGUUAUGAGAGGAGAGGUAUCGGCCGUAUUCACUGGGAUGCUGGAAAUGAAGAGUUAUGGGAUAGGUGGGAAAGGAAGAUAAUGGUCUUAGUGUGA